CACAACGUGGCCUUCUGGUCAAAGUCAUAAAUGAACUAUUGUAAAGAGAGGUAGCAAAACUUAAAGAAAAACCUUGGAAAAUGUUACCGAUUACAGAUUAUCAAAAAAUCGGCAUCGGUGUGACAGGUUUUGGAGUAUUUUUUCUCUUUCUGGGAGUUUUGUUCUUUUUCGACAAAGGUCUCUUAGCUAUUGGAAAUAUAUUAUUCAUUUCUGGAUUAGCAUUGGUAAUUGGAUUAGAGAGAACUUUUAGAUUUUUCUUUCAAAAACACAAGCUCAAGGGAAGCUCUUGUUUUCUUGGUGGAGUGUUAGUUGUUCUUAUUGGUUGGCCUCUUAUAGGAAUGAUUAUAGAAAUAUAUGGAUUUGUCCUUUUGUUUAGUGGCUUCUUUCCAGUUGUUAUUAACUUUUUAAGAAGAGUACCUGUCAUUGGGAAUAUACUCAACCUCCCAGGAAUUAGCAUGAUUGUUGAUAGAUUAGCAGGAGACGGAAGCAACUCAAUGGUAUAAAUCACUGAGAUCUGAAUGUAUCCAGGACAUUUUCUGGCAGGAAAGUGCUGGCAGAAGGCCUUCUGCAAUCAGAAGUGCUAUAUCAGGGGAAACGAGUUUUACACAUGGUAGCAAUCCAAUUUGCACAGCUCUCCAUCUAUUCUGUUGUUCAGCUCCUCGUUAUUUUGUAUCAUUGUAGGAGACAAAAACCAAUUGAAUAGUCUUUUCUCCUUUUUCAUAAAAGACCAUGUCAUGACUCGGUGGAACUGUAACUUGCAUUGUGAGUUCUUUUGAAGUUCAGUCCAAUCAUGCAAAGAAUCCUACAGUUUAUUCCUAGCAGAACUGAUUCAUGCAGUCUUUACUCAGUUCAUUCUUCGUAAGUAUUACCAUUCUGCUUGAAAAUGAAGCAUGCAUUCAUAACAGUUGUUUCACCCAAUUUUAUCUUUUGUUCGAAUUGUAUUUUUCUAUCCUUAAACUUUAUUAUGAACCCCAAAGUUAAAACCUCUCACUCCCACAAUCACAUAAGUUGAUCUUCUUACUGUGAGUGUUUACCAUAUGAUCCUUUAAUAUUAGUUCAAAGACUUUGGGUCAACGAUCAAAUUCUCCAAUCGAUAUUUUAAAUCUUUAUUCCCAUUACUUUUCUGCUUAAUAUUGUAUUGAUAGUGUAAAGAGAAAUUCUGUCAUGGUCAAUCUUGGCAGUUAAAGGGUCAAUAUUGAAGGCAUUUCAAAAAAGUACUGGUAAAUGAAAUUUCAAACAAGGAUUGAUUUGACUAGAAAAACAUAAAUUCUCCAGGUAACCAUUCUGCUGGCAGGCAUUCCUACAUGCAAGGGUCUGUCUCAGGCUCGUUUACAGAUAUUUUUUAACUCUUGGAGAGUUAAUUAAAAUCCUUUGUUUCCAAGGUG